AGUUUCUGUUUUAGUGCGUAUAUGUUGUUUGUCUAGGGUUUACGUUGAAAUCCAAUUUUAAUGGCUUGCUGAAAAUUGUGCAUUCUCGAUUUGAUCUGCGUGUUUGUAGAAACCUCGGUCGACGGAGAGAUAGAGAGUUUUAAUUUUUAUUAUUGGAGAAGCAGAGUUCGAUUUUGGAUUUAGAGCGUUUGCUUUUGUUUGGCACUGCAGAAUUUGAUUUUGAUGUUCUCUUUCUUUUGAUAUUGUUUGUACCCUGUUAGGACAGUAUGGAUCCAUCAGAACUAAGGUAUUUGGAGGAUGAUGAAACUCCCACAAUGAAGACAAUUAAGGGUGCAACUAUGGGUUUAGUUGCUGGAACUAUCUGGGGGACUGUUGUUGCCACUUGGUAUGAUGUGCCUCGUGUUGAGAAACAUGUUGCACUUCCAGGGCUAAUAAGGACCCUCAAGAUGAUGGGUAACUAUGGCAUGACUUUUGCAGCAAUUGGAGGAGUUUACAUUGGUGUUGAGCAGAUGAUGCAGCAUUAUAGGAUGAAAAGAGAUUUUGUCAAUGGAGCUGUUGGUGGCUUUGUUGCUGGGGCUUCCAUUUUAGGCUUCAAAGGAAGGAGCAUCGCAACAGCUAUUUCUGCUGGAACAGCACUGGCAGUUACUUCUGCAGCAAUUGAUGCUGGAGGUCAAACCACAAGAAUAGACACUGGCAAGGAGUACUACCCGUACACCACCAAGAAGAGAUCCACAGUAGAGAGUUAAUUUCUUGGCACUAAUGGGGAAGAAAUUUUCAUGGUUUCCUGAAUGACCUGUAUGUUUUUGGAGACGUAAUUGUAUUCUCGGAUCUCAUAUCUGCAGCUCACUUAGUGCCUGAAUGGGUGAUCAAACUAAAUUCAGUUGUCAUUCUGUUCAAAAGAUCUGUUGGAUGUUUAUUUUGCAGCUUGAGACGGCUAUUUUUUUCUGUGAAACUAAAUUAAAGAGGCCAAGAAAAAUAAUUGAUAUCGUACCUUUGAAAGUGGGAGAAGGAAUAUGUGGAGAGUUUUCUUUACCUUGUGCAAACCAAAAUUGUUAAAAACUUGGGUUUGAUUAUCAAACUUCGUUAUGAAGAAUUUCUACAUUAUUUGA